AUGGACUAUCAGCAAGAGCAAACCCAGGAAUUGGAAGUGCUAGAAUCCAUAUACCCAGAUGAGCUCACUGUGAUUAACAACAAUUUUCCCAACACUCAAUUCGAAGUCAAGCUACCAUUAGAUCUCGUCCCGCUAGACAGUUCUUCCUUUACAGCUGAUUCUUUGACUAAAGAUCACUGGAUUGUGAUAAAUAUCAGAUUUUCAGAAACUUAUCCAGAUGUGGUGCCCACAGUCAGCAUAGAAUGUGAAGAAGCAAAGAAAGCCGGCGUGGCAGACGACGACAGCGAUAACGACAACGAUAACGACAGCGAAGAUGACUCUGAAGUUGAGUACGAUGACCACGGUAAUCCCCUUAUAUCCAAACUAUCCAACUUGCCGGAUGAGGUCAGUUUCGAAGACCAUGUUCGCGCGCUCGAAUCUCAGGUCGAAUCCCAAGCCAACGACGAUAUGCUUAUCGGCAUGCAAAUGACUUUCGCACUGGUUUCGUGGCUAAAAGAAUCGUGCGAGAGGUUUUUCCAAGAACAAUUGGCUGAAUUGGAGCACGAGCACGAACGUAGACUCGCGGCCCGUGAGAAGGAAGAGCAGAAGAAAUUCCACGGGACCAAAGUUACCCGAGAAUCGUACCUCGAAUGGAGGGCCAGGUUUCGUGAAGAAACCGGACGUAAUGAAAGAGACGCUGCGCGCAAGAAAGAUGCCCACGGCGGCAAGUUGACCGGCAGACAGAUUUUCGAACAAGGUCUAGACGGCAGCGAAGAUGCGGAGGAAGAGUAA